AUGUCGCUCCGAUUUGCGCUGCCGAGCCUGCGGUCGCCGGCGCUGCGCGCGCCGGUUCUGCGUGCGCCUGCGAUGGUGCGCAUGUCUUCGAACCGCGCGCCGAGCGGCCCGAACCCCCUGGAUGCGCCCACGCUUGCUGCGCUGAAGCAGCGCUGGAAGCAGGCGCGCCUCGCCAAGGACGCCAACACGGCGACGGUGCUUGGUGGUAUCCUCACGGACCUCCAGUACGCUGAAAAGACCAAGGCGCAGGCGAACCAGAAAGCGCCGUCUGUGAUCAAGAUGCUGCAAAAAGGCAUCAAGAAGCGCACCGACGCCGCCAAGGUCUUCCGCAACGCCAAGCCGGAGCCGCGCCCCGAUCUGGCCGAGAAGGAGGACAAGGAGAUUGCGCUGCUGCAGUCGCUCUUGCCCAAAGAGGAGUAG